UCCAAAUUGAGUGCGGACAUCCAGUCAAAAAAGGAUCAAAUGUCAACCACAGCCGACAAAAUCUCCGAUAUCCUCCGAAGCCUGUCCGUGCCGUACAACAAAUCAGUCAGACCAAUCGAGGCCAGCACAGGAUUCAACAUGCACUGCAUGAGUCCCCUCAGUCCAACCCACAUGGAACAAAAACCCUCAGUCCUCUUCAUGGGCUCAUAUUCCGCCGGAAAAACCACAGCCAUCAAAUACCUCCUCCAAUUGGACAUUCCCGUCCUCCGCGUAGGCCCUGAACCCACCACGGACAUGUUCCACGUCCUGACCUACGGAGAGAAGCAGGUGACGGUGGGCGGAGUCAUCCUCAUGAACGACCCCCACCUGGGCUUCCAGAAUUUCUUCCCCUCCAACAAGGACAUAGCCCGUCAUUUCCAGCUGACGAGGGUGAAUAACACAUGUCUGCGGGCAAUGGACAUAAUCGACAGUCCGGGGUUCCUGAGUGGGGAGAACAUGGGGGAUCAACGAGGGUAUGACCUGCCGGGAGUGUUGUGUGAGUUGGGGAAGCGGUGUACUCGAAUGUACAUGAUGAUGGACGUGUUCAAAGUGGACGUGUCCCCCGAGUGUAAGGAGUGUUUGAGGAAGAUGAGGUCCAUGAUGGGCAAAAUGCGACUCAUCUUCAACAAGGCAGAUUCAGUCAGUGAUUUGAAUCUGAUUCGGCUGUAUGGGGCCUUCAUGUACCAUUCGGGAAUGGCAGUGUGUGCCCCCGAAGUGCCUCAUGUCUUUAUUUGCUCUUUGUGGGACAAACCAUACAAACACGACACGUACAGGGAUUUGUUUGACUCGGAGAAACUUGAGUUGUUGAAUGACCUGCAAAUGUUGUCGGUUUACCACUAUCCACACAUUGUGGGGAAUAUGAUCGAACGACUCAACUGCUUCCUCGUAAUCCACCUGCUUAUGUGUAGAGGUAUUUGGUGGUUACAAGACAGUUCCGAAAAAUUAUGCCGUUUUUCAAAAAGGAGAAGAAAAAGCAGGAAAUUGUGGCCAAUUUCAGCACAUUCUACAACGAUGCCUUGCGGGAUGAGGGAGUGAUGGGGGGGGAUAUG